GCGGCUCUUUCCUGGGUGGGGUUUGUAAAGUCGUGGCCCGUUAGCAGGAAGCGGAGCAGUCGCCCUACACUAGAGUGGGACCCAAUCUGAGCACCCGGCUCUCCCGAGUCCUUGCCGAAGUGUACUGCGCGCUCAAAACAGCCCGACAGUUUCUAGCCAAACUUCACCAACUCGUCCGCCUUUGCCGCCACCAUGCCGAAGACGAUCAGUGUGCGUGUGACCACCAUGGAUGCAGAGCUGGAGUUUGCCAUUCAGCCGAACACCACUGGCAAGCAGCUGUUUGACCAGGUGGUGAAAACAAUUGGCUUGAGGGAAGUUUGGUUCUUUGGUCUUCAGUACCAGGACACAAAAGCUUUCUCGACUUGGCUGAAACUCAAUAAGAAGGUGACUGCACAGGAUGUGCGGAAGGAAAGUCCACUGCUCUUCAAGUUCCGGGCCAAGUUCUACCCAGAGGAUGUGUCUGAGGAACUGAUCCAGGACAUCACCCAGCGCCUGUUCUUCCUGCAAGUGAAGGAGGGCAUUCUCAAUGAUGACAUCUACUGCCCACCUGAAACUGCUGUGCUCUUGGCCUCCUAUGCCGUCCAGUCUAAGUACGGUGACUUCAAUAAGGAAGUGCACAAGUCUGGCUACCUGGCUGGAGAUAAGCUGCUGCCCCAGAGAGUCUUGGAGCAGCACAAACUCAACAAGGACCAGUGGGAAGAGCGGAUCCAGGUGUGGCAUGAGGAACACCGAGGCAUGCUCAGGGAGGAUGCUGUCCUGGAAUAUCUCAAGAUUGCUCAAGACCUGGAGAUGUAUGGUGUGAACUACUUCAGCAUCAAGAACAAGAAAGGCUCAGAGCUAUGGCUGGGUGUGGAUGCCUUGGGACUCAAUAUCUAUGAGCAGAAUGACAGACUGACUCCUAAGAUUGGCUUCCCUUGGAGUGAAAUCAGAAAUAUCUCCUUCAAUGAUAAGAAAUUUGUCAUCAAGCCUAUUGACAAAAAAGCCCCGGACUUUGUGUUCUAUGCUCCUCGUCUUCGGAUUAAUAAGAGGAUCUUGGCCCUGUGCAUGGGGAAUCAUGAGCUGUACAUGCGUCGGCGUAAGCCUGACACCAUUGAGGUUCAGCAGAUGAAGGCACAGGCACGGGAAGAAAAGCACCAGAAGCAGAUGGAGCGUGCUCUGCUGGAAAAUGAGAAGAAGAAGCGUGAGUUGGCAGAAAAAGAGAAGGAGAAGAUUGAACGGGAGAAGGAAGAGCUGAUGGAGAAGCUGAAGCAGAUCGAGGAGCAGACCAAGAAGGCUCAACAAGAACUGGAAGAACAGACCCGCAGGGCCCUAGAACUUGAGCAGGAACGGAAGCGUGCCCAGAGUGAGGCUGAAAAACUGGCCAGGGAGCGUCAAGAAGCUGAAGAAGCCAAGGAGGCCCUGUUGCAGGCUUCUAAGGACCAGAAGAAGACCCAGGAACAGUUGGCUGCAGAAAUGGCAGAGCUGACAUCACGGAUCUCGCAGUUGGAAAUGGCCCGAAAGAAGAAGGAGAGCGAGGCUGUGGAGUGGCAGCAAAAGGCCCAGAUGGUACAGGAGGACUUGGAGAAGACCCGUGCUGAGCUGAAGACGGCCAUGAGUACCCCUCAUGUAGCUGAGCCUGCUGAGAAUGACCAGGAUGAGCAGGAUGAGAAUGGGGCAGAGGCCAGUGCUGAGCUGCGGGCUGAUGCUAUGGCCAAGGACCGCAGUGAAGAGGAGCGCACCACUGAGGCAGAGAAGAACGAGCGUGUGCAGAAGCAUCUUAAGGCCCUUACUUCAGAGCUGGCCAAUGCCCGAGACGAGUCCAAGAAGACUGCCAAUGACAUGAUCCAUGCUGAGAACAUGCGGCUGGGACGAGACAAAUACAAGACCCUGCGCCAGAUCCGGCAGGGCAAUACCAAACAGCGUAUUGAUGAGUUUGAGUCCAUGUAGUGGGCAUUCAGCCUUUAGGGACCCCUCCUCCUCCUUCCUUGUCCCCACACUCCUCUAGUUUUGCCUAACUAACACUGUGCUGGAGCCACUAACUAGAAAAGCCUUGGAGCCAUGCCAAGCAUUCAGUAUAGCCAUGGGACCAAAUUUAGCCCUUCAGUCCCCCGACUCAGAUCCCUGGGCAAACAUAUGGCCCACUGUGGUGCCAAUGGAAUCUCCUUCUUUUCUGUCACAUUCAGCCUAGCUUUCUAGAGUAGGUCCUGUUUCCCCAGCUCACAGGCUCAUUCCUUUUGAUUUGGCAAGCACUCCCCACUUACUGUCUUCCUCUAGGACUCAAGUGUAAAAUAGGCUGAUAGCUAGCUCUCAUCCCUUGACUUUUUUCCAAGUCUUGUGAUUUGCAGAGUUAGAAUAUUGUGUGGUUUAGGGACAGAAGUACGGCCUUGGCUCUGUCUAUUAGCAUAUCAGCUGACGAAGGAUUUGGCCUCUUCCUGUCCAUCCCUUUUCGAGUCAUUUAGGCUUAGUAACAGUUGGAGGGUAAAGAGAUAUUUAGUCAUUCUUAUUUCCUCUACCUCCCGUGUUGGGCCUAUUACAAAUUCAGUCCCAAUAAGCCUCGUCCCUGUGCUCGGGGACUCAGUUUCUAAUCAAGGAGGGAUAAAGGGAUGACGGAAACAGUGCGUUCAAGAGAGCACACUAACAACCUAGAAAGCCUCUUGCCACUGCACAUCUUUAGAACCUUUUUUCUAUCAAGUUAGGUCUAUGGGUAGGGCUACCCCCAUGUUAGUCCAUGUUCCUGGUUCCAUCUCUGAAUCUGUCCCUGUCCUCUCCAGUCUCUAGUUCUCUUCCAGCUAGGACAGAGAGGACGAGCACCCCCAAACCUAGCCAGUUACAUCUAAGGCUCUUGUCACAAAGGGAGACAUGGUUAUUCCUGGCUUAAGUAUUUUCUCUGACAGGAGUUCUAGACUCCUCCCACCCAGAGCUGAUUGGACCACUGUUCCUGCUUCACAGAUAGACAUUAUGACAAGUAAGAGUAGCUCUUCUUUUUCAGUCACCCAGUAGUCCUUCCCCAGCUUACCCAGUCCCGAGUGGUGAGUGGGUCCUGCUUCUGACAAAUCUCUAACCCAGGUCGCAUCACUAGCUGUGCUGUCCCUUGGAGCUACAUCCAGAAAGCCGCUGGGUGUUCUGGCCUUGUCCCUUCACAGUCCCACACCCUUCCCUCCAUUUUGGAGAAGCUGCUUCCUCUUUUUGUCACAUUGUGCUCUUCUAAUUUUUUACCAGUAUUAUAUAUUCUAGGGAUAGCUAACUCGAUAUUGAUUUCUACUUUUUUUUUUUUUUUUUGGCUAAUGCACUAUUAGAGAUGCUAGUCUUGGAGUGGGAUCAUUUUAGCUUCAUUAUUUUGACUACCCCUACCCCAUAUCUGGGAAGUAUAUACUGUAUUAGAAAAUAUUUUGCCAAAACCAAUAUGUAUGAAGACUUCAGUAUUAGUGGUUUACCUGUCACUAUAGGUCAUACAAUCCAUUUAAAAUAUACUUAAUAUUUGGUUUUAUUGUUUCUAUUUGCCUUUUCCCCAGGGUUGAGUCCCUCCAUUCAGUAUCCCGAGCCCAAAGCCUCCCUCAGCCCAUGCCCCUUACUUAACCUUGGGUAAUCUUGUAUGCGUUGCUGUGAAUUAUAUUGACACUCAGUGAGCUGCCCUAUAUUGGCUAAAGUCAAACCUGGAAUUGUGGGGGCAAUCUAGCUGCAUUAAGGGCAAUAACCCACCCCUACAGAGACUUGGGGGGUUAGAUUUAUAUUCAGGUUUUUUUUGUGUAUUUUUGUUUUUUAAAUAAUUGUUUUGGAGGGGUUUGUGCUCAAUCUGUGUUCUAUUUCAGUGCCAAUAAAAUUUAGGAAGACUUCA